AAGUAAUAUGAAGCUGUCUCUAGUCUUUCUUUUAUUCGUGGCAUUUGCCAAAUCUGCGGAUACAGCACCUGUGGAUUUCAAUAAAAUUUUUGUAACUUUCGUCGAAGAACUGAUGGACGCAAUAAACCAGCUUAUUCUUGAGCAGAUGGGAGCAAUUAGGCCAUCGACAACUCCUCUUCAGUCUAUUCCGCCAAUAACUGCGACCGAUGCUCCCACGACAGCUGACACUACAGCAGAGCCUACCAAAGCCCAUGAGACCACUGUAGCCCAGGAAGCUACUUCCGAGGGUGCUGAGACUCAUGAGACUACUGUAGGACAAGAUACUACUGUAAGAAGUGGCGAAUCGCAGGAGACUACUGUAUCUCAGGGGACUACUGUAUCACAGGAGAAUACUGUAUCGCAGGAGACUACUGUAUCGCAAGAUACUACUGUAUCUCAGGAGACUACUGUAUCACAGGAUACAACUGUAUCACAGGAUACUACUGUAUCACAGGAGAGUACUGUAUCGCAGGAGACUACUGUAUCGCAAGAUACUACUGUAUCGCAGGAGACUUCUGUAUCGCACGAGACUAAUGUAUCACCGGACACAACUGUAUCACAGGAAAGUACUGUAUCGCAGGAUACUACGGUAUCGCAGGAGACUACUCUAUCGCAGGAGACUACUGUAUCACAGGAGACUACUGUAUCACAGGAUACUACUGUAUCACAGGAGACUACGGCAUCACAGGAUACAACUGUAUCACAGGAUACUACUGUAUCACAGGAUACUACUGUAGUGCCGCAGGAGACUACUGUAGAAGCAACCAAAGCUUCUGAAGCUACUGAAGAGAACGGGACUACUGCUGUGACUCCUGGAGAAUCGGACCCUUGCGACACUACGGAAGCACCUACUGGAGGAUCAACAGUGGGAGAAUCGGAGCCUUGUGAUACUACGGAGGCAUCAGAACCAACUGGUCAUACGGACCAGGCGGAAACAGUAACCGAUCCAGCGUCCCAGGCGACGGCUUCUGCUACGAUUAUUGGUGGUGUAGAUCAGACUGGUAGCACUAAUUUGGAAGCCACAACGGAGCAGAUCUGCAAACAUCCGACAAAAGACAGCGAGGAAGAGAAGACUGAUGAAAACAAAGACGAAAAGACGACAAGAGCGGGGACAAACGUGCACCGGCCAGAAAGAGAAGAUAUAUUAAAGUGAGAGGAGGGAGACAUUUCUAAAUUCUAAUUUCCUGUCCUUUGUCCAUUUCAAAUGAAACGUGUUCUUGUUCUUGGAAUGAUUCACAUGAUAAAU